UGCCUGCAGAGGCACACGACCUUUCCAAAUUUCAAUCUUGAAAACAACUGCAAGUAUCUGUAUCACAUCUAUCGAGUUAAGAGCGCAUCUUCUCCUGUGAUCUGUGGGCGAGACUGCUCAUUUGAUCCCAUGUGUAAAUCAUUCAACUAUCACACAGGUAACCAUGUUUGUGAGUUGAACAAUGCCACACGAGAUAACAGUGCUGACUUUAUUGAGCUGCUUGGCAGCGCUUACUAUGAACACUUGAACACUUUGCCAUCGUUGAAUGAAACAACACGUUACAGCAGUUGCCAGAUGUGGUACAAAGCUGGACAUCGUGACAGUGGCAUCUACAUCAUUUAUCCUGAUCUGAAUGGCAUACAGGUCUACUGUGAUAUGGAGACCGAUGGAGGAGGCUGGAUCGUGUUUCAGAGAAGACAAGAUGGCUCUGUUGACUUUUACCGUAACUGGACUGACUACCAGUAUGGCUUUGGUGAUCUCUCCGGUGAAUUUUGGUUGGGGAACCAUUAUCUGCGCACACUUACCGCAAUAGGAAAAUGGCAACUGCAUAUACAAGUUGAAGAUUGGGAGUCCAAUACAGCUUGGGCUGCUUACAGAGAGUUUGCCAUUUUCAAUGACAACUACACACUCCAUGUCGGCUCAUAUGAUGUUAACAGUACAGUGGGACAGGACGCAUUCAAAAAAACGUCAAAUAGAAGAGGAUUCACUACACGGGAUCGAGAUAAUGACAACAGAGAUACACCAGAAGCAAACUGUGCGAUACGCCAUGAGGGGGCAUGGUGGUUCAACCGAUGCUUCAAUGUACAUCUGAAUGGUAAAUACUACCCCCAUGCAGAUGUGGCCAACAAACAAGGAAUCCAAUGGGAGCUCUGGAAAGGGAACGAGUACUCACUUAAGAAAUGCAGUAUGAAAAUAAGAGAACUCCUGUAACUGAAAAUACCAAUCUGUUUAACACUUCAGGCCAAGCACACUACUACGCCACAAAGGGGCAUAGUGGCUCAGCCAAUGCUUGAAUGUAAACUGAAUGGUAAAUACUACCACCAUGCGGAUGUGGCCAACAAACAAGGAAUCCAAUGGGAGUUCUGGAAAGGGACCAGGUACUCACUUAAGAAAUGCAGUAUGACAAUAAGAACUCGUGUAACUGAAAAAAAGCCGUCUGCUUAACACACGUAUUUCAGUUGUACUCAUCAUGUAUUUUCACCAAGCUACAUGUACAUGUAAGCCCAGCUUAUCCUGUUGCUCCUGCCUUCAAACACCAUUGAACCAAGCCCAACAACUAGUUAAUCCCUAAGGCAGUACUUAAAAAGUGUCCAGCAAGUGUUUCAGUUCAAGGAAAAAAGCCAUCUGCGUUCACAAGUAUUCAGUUCAAGCAAACAAGUAGGCUACAGUUAAGUUUGGUUUUAGUUCCAGCUCCAGCCCAACUGCUUCACAGAGCUAAGCCCAGCUUAUCACGUUCUUGUUCCAGCCUUCACACACCAUGGAUUGAGCCAAGCCCAACUAUUAUUCCCACACGCAGUACUUAAAAAGCAUCCAGCAAGAAGAGUUCUGGAAAGGGACCAGGUACCCACUUAAGAAAUGCAAGAUGAAAAUAAGGGAACUCCUGUAGCCGAAAAAGCCAUCCGGUUAACACAUGCAUUUCAGUUCAAGGAAAAAAGCCAUCUGCUUUCACAAGUAUUUCAGUUCAAGCAAACAAGUACAGUUCAGUUUAGGUUUUAGUUCAGCUCCAGCCUAACUGC